CCAAUCAGCGCUCUGAAGACAACCACGUAGACAGGCAGCUGCUCGGAUGAGGACAUUUACUGUAAAUCAGGAGCUACACAUUGCUGUGAAAUGCUUCAGAAAUAGAUGCUAACGCUUCAGUACUUCGGACGGUAACCUUAUACACAAGACGACACUUUUGUUUAUGAGUCAACUCUCGGGCACGUGGAGUUUAAACUGUAUUUAUUUCCGAGAUGAGGGCGUUGUCUCUGCAGCGGACUAAUGUGGCCCAAGGAGAGCAGCAGCAGGUCACGUGUGGGAGAAGUUUGUCUGCCAACUAUGUUCCUCUGUGUCUGGAAAAUAAGUUGUUGGCUCAGGCCUCCACAUUGAUGCCCCAGCCCUGCUCUUCACUCUUAAGCUUUUCAGCACAACCUUCCUCUUGCCCCUCUCUCCAGCCCUCCAGCCUGUCGUCCACUUCGUCCUCCCUUCUCUCCACAUCUCUCACCUCUCCUCUCCUCAGCACGGAGAACAAGCUCCUAACUGACCAUUCACCUGGUCUCUCUUUUUCCCUCACCUCCUCUACAUCCGUCCCAAAUGACGCUCUGCUCUUUGCGUCCCUGCCCAGCAGUGCUCUGCUCAAUCGCUUUGCUCAACUGCCUUCAUUCCUCCACCGUGCUCUGGGUGGAGGAGAUGAAGGCAGCAAUGAAACAUCUGAAGUGAUGCAGUCCAGUUUUGAAGAAACAAUUGAGCAGUAUUCUGGGGAAGAUGAUACUUUGCCAGAAGAAGACGAAGAAGAAGAGGAUGAUGAUGCUGGGAUAGCCAUGGAAUUACCUGCCCAGGAAACAGAGUUGGGCAACAACGAACUCGAACAAACUAUGGUCACCAAACAAGAGGAAUUUGCUGAGAUUGACAGAGCAAAUGAAAAUGUUGAGGAGGAGCUGAAAGAUAAAAAGUAUCUCCUGCUGAACGUGGUGUGUUGCUCCCUGGUCAAUAAGAGCAUAGCUCCAGGCCAGAAGGACUGGGACUCAGAGAAAAGUGUUUGGACCAAGAUCAUAGACCUGGCGAAGGACAUUUCUGCCUGUGACCCACAGUUUCUACUCAAGGUGGCAGUUUACACUCGACAGGAGCUGAACAUCCGCAUCACAGCAAACUUCUUAUUGGCCCUGGCUGCCAACCAGCCCGCCACCAAGCCACACGUCCGCAGAUACUUCUGCGCUGCCGUACAGCUGCCCUCGGAUUGGCUGGAAGUAGUCAGAAUCUAUAGUACAUGCUUCAGUCACUCCCUGCCGAUGUGCUUGAAGAAGGCAAUGGCUGACAAGUUCAAGCAGUUCGAUGAGUAUCAGCUGGCCAAAUACAACACUCGCAAGCACCGCUGUAAACACAACCGCAACAAGCUCAAACCCAAGAGACCGACUGGCGAGCAGCUGAAAAAGUGGGCGAACUUGCUCCGAUCAGAUGAAACUAUUCUGAUGAAGUUUUUGCAUGAAGACGGCAGAAAAGAGGCGGUGGAUAAAAAGCAGAGCGAGUUCAGUAUAAAGAAGAUGAUCAAGAAGUUUCACAUUAAAGAACCGGCUGAACAUGUUAUGGCCAUUCUGGGGAAAAACUAUCCUGCUGACCUGAAGACAUUCACCCACAGUGGAAUAAAGGGCACCUGGGACAGGGAGAGAGCCGGGAUGCGAAUGAAGCUCAAACAGCCGGAGACGUGGGAACGGCUGCUCAGCCUGGAGGGCAACAAGGCCGCCGCCUGGGAGAAGCUCAUAGACAAUAAGUCUCUUCCAUUCAUGGCCAUGCUGAGGAACCUGAGGAACAUGAUCACUAAGGGCAUCAGUGAGGCUCAUCACGAGAAGAUCCUCAGCAGACUGACCAACAAGAAAGCGGUUAUUCAGAGCCGUCAGUUUCCCACCAGAUUCCUCGCUGCCUACAAAGUCAUCAUGGAGCUCAACACUUUGGCCACAGCAUCAGAGCAAGCACUCCCCCCUGUUAAAGAGAUCCUGGCGGGCAUCCUGAGUAAGAUUCCCAAGAGCAAACGCUUCAAAAGUCUGGAAUGGGAGACGACUCCGAGGAGCCGGAUCAGGGUGACACUCGGAGUGCCGUUCAUCUAUCGACUCUACCAAGCCAAGAAGGCCCAGCUCCUAAAAGCCAAUCAGAGAGAGUUCACCGUCGCUCUCUUGGACCGUUAUCGCAAAGCUCUGGAGACGGCGGUCCAGCUCUCCUGUCGUUACAACGUGCCUCCGCUCCCCGGACGGACCGUCAUCGUGCUCUCCACUGGCAUGAGCGAAGAUGACGAGUGGUGUCGUAAACUGGACUUCUGCCUCCCACCAGACCCCGAGCAAAAAAAGGAUGAGGACGAUGAGGAGGAACAGGAGGAGGCGAGAGGGAAGAGAAGGAGGAAGAGCAAGACAGAGGACCAGCUCACUCCUUCUAUUAAGGAGAUUGCGGUUUUGCUCUCGCUGAUGAUUGGCAGCAGUGCCGAGGACUUUCAGCUCUGCUUACAAGAUUGGCGUCACAGUCAAGAAGUCGAGCUGAAGUCCGAUGUUCUUUUGGAUAAUGUCAGAAGUGUGAUGAAGCAAAUGAAGGCAUGUUCAGAGCUGUCGUAUGAAGAGAGGGACGAAUGUUGCUUGUCCAAAAUGUUCACCAAGAAAAACAAGGUUGACAACAUCAUCGUGCUGUCUGACCGAUGGAUCUGUCACGAAAUCGAGUGGAACAUCGACACCUACAGGAGGGACAUAAAUAACAAUGCCCUUGUGGUGAAAAUCUUAUUGGCAGAACAAGAGUCAGAGUUCGUCGCUGACAGGAACUGUGUGACGCUGUCUGGCUUCAGUGAACAAAUGCUGAGGUUUGUGGCAGAACGAGGAUCAUCCAGAAUGCUGGACCACGUGGAGCAUUUAGACAAAGUGUACAAUGUCCCACCUCCAGAGGGCGCUAAAGGCCCUCAGACCACAAAUAGUGUUGUCCCGAUACCAGCCAGCCCCAAGUUAAGGUGGCGAGGUGUACGUGUCUUCAUCUCCUCCACCUUCAGAGACAUGCACGCUGAGCGCGACGUCUUGGUGCGCAGCGUGUUCCCGGAGCUCCGGCGUCGCGCCGCCUCACACUGCCUCUACCUGCAGGAGGUGGAGCUGCGUUGGGGCGUGACAGAGGAGGAGUCGGGGCGGGCCACCGAGCUGUGCCUGUCAGAGGUGUGUCGCAGCCAGAUGCUGGUGGGAAUCCUGGGGGAGAGGUACGGCCUGGUGCCUCCCAGACCGGUCCUCCCUGACCUGCCGCAGAACAGCUGGCUGGCGUCGGCCCCAGAAGGCCUCUCCAUCACAGAGAUGGAGAUCCGUCAGUUCCAGGCUCUUUACCCCGACACAGCACAACAGCGAAUGUUCUGCUACUUCAGAGAUCCAAACAUCACCAAAUCAGUUCCGGUGGCUUGGAGAUCUGAUUUUGUCCCUGAGUCAAAGGAGGCGGAGUCUAAAAUGGCAUCUCUGAAGACAAGGAUCCGGGCCAGUGAAGUCAAAGUCACUGAAAAUUACUCGUGUGAGUGGGGCGGCGUUGAGGAGGGGAAACCGUAUCUGAAACACCUGGAGGACUUUGGCAAGGCCGUGCUGGAAGACCUGUGGCUGGCUGUAGUAAAGCUGUUUGUGGAAGAGCACGACGAGGCCGAGGCUUUGUCCGAUGUGAUUGAGCAGGAGGUCCACCAGGAGGCGCUGCAGAGGCAGUUCUUUGGCAGGGCGAAGCUGCUGUCUGGGGCUGUCGAGAUAGUGGAGCAGGCCCAGAGCAAAGGAGGGUUGAUGGUGGUGGAGGGCGGAGCUGGAGAGGGAAAAACUGUCUUCAUGGCUGCUCUAGCAGACAGCCUCAGAACUGGAGUUAAGUCUAGGAAAAACCUCGUCUGCGAUGUCAUCUCCUACUCUACAGCUGCCAGCCAAUCAGCACGCUCUGUGGAAAACCUGCUGCGAUUCCUCGUUCGGUGGUUGAGAAAGAUGAAAGAUACGAAGGAGGAAUCGCCUCUUCCCCAUUCUUACAAAGAUCUCCUGUUAGAAUUUCACUCCAACUUGAGUGACAUAAAGAAGAACAAACCUCUGGUGCUGCUCAUUGAUGGGGUGGAUCUUCUCCAAGAUGGCAGAGGUCAGCUCAGCUCUGAUUGGAUACCACAGCAGCUUCCUCAGGGUGUUUGUUUGGUAGUGAGCAUCACAACCAAAGCAGCACUGUUACAAACCCUGGCCAAGAAAAGCAGCACCGUCCUAUUUGCCCUGGGACAGCUUACCAUGCCGGACCGGAAGGAGAUAGUUCAGAAGGGACUGGACUCCUUCGGCAAGAAACUCAGUGACUCUGCAUUCAACAACCAGCUCCAGACGCUGAUAAUGAAGAAGGGAGCAGUGAGUCCUCUCUACCUGCACCUGGCCUGUGAAGACCUGAGGAACUUUGCCUCCUUUGAUAAGUUGAAGGAGAGCCUCCAGGGCUUGCCUCAGUCUCUGAGCCAGUUGGUGCAUCACAGCCUGGACAGACUCUGCUCGCAGUACAGAGGCAUGCUGGGACUCCGCUGGGCCCUGGCAGCACUCACUGUCAGCUCCACUGGCCUGAGGGAGAGAGACGUGUACACUGUACUGAACACAUGCAACGACUUAUCCUCUCGGGACGGACAGCUCACGUGGCAGGAAGUGCUGCAUCUGUCCAGGAAGCCCAAGGGACGCAUACCCAUGGCAACUUUCACCCGUAUAGCGCAGAGUUUACAAAGCCUGGUUGGUCCGUCUCAUUGCCACGACACUGACGACCUGCUGGCUCUAACCAAUCCGGAGGUGAGGAGGGCCUUCGAGGACUUUCUCCUCCCAACAGAAAGUGACAGAACCAGAGCUCACCUCGUACUGGCAGCUCAUCUGUGGGCACUGGCCGACCCGCAGGGCACAGAUACCUUCCUUCACUGUGAGGCCAACUCUGUCAUGCACCUGCCUUCCAACCUGAUUCAAAGUCGCCAGCUAGAGCAGCUUCAUUCUCUGCUCUCCAGCUACUACUUCCUGUAUGCUAACGUGCGCCACGGCCUCCUGCACCACCUCAAGGAGACCUACAGCUUGUAUGACAACAAGAAUAAGUCUGCACCCUCAUCUGGCUUUCAGGUUCGUCUAGAAGACUGCCAGAGUUUCCUGCGGCGACACGGCCCCCUCCUCUCCUCAUGGCCGGCUCUUUUCGUUCAGCAAGCCCUCAACGAGCCUCCUGAGACCUCUGCUCACAUCUGGGCACAAGGACUGAUGGGAAAAGGAGGGCCACGGGUAGUUCAGUGGCUAAACAAUGACAGUGGGAUUCUCCAGGAAACUAAUGAGCUGGUGUCGACCUUCUCUUCUGUACCAACCUGUUUGGUUGGAAGCGUGGAUGAAGAGCUCAUGGUGGUUGGCACUGGACAGGGAAUGCUUCAUUUCAUCAACACUCAGACCGGACAGGAAGUAAAAACGUUGGUGAGCAGCUGUGACGGCAUCUCAAGCGGUGUCUUUCUUAAGGACGGACGUCUUGCUACCACCUCCUUUGACGGACGAAUAGAGAUCUGGGACGUUGCGAAUGGCUGCAGGACUGCUCUUAUUGAGGGCCACACUAAUGUGAUAACAGGAAGCGAUAUCACUGCAGACAGGAAGCACCUUGCAACUGUGUCUUUGGACUUCAUGCUGAAAGUUUGGUCCUCUACUAAAGGCUAUGAGGUAGCAGCCCUGCCCAGCUCCAGCCCUUUGAACUGUGUGACAUUUGACCCCGAGGGUCACCUGCUGGCUGCUGGUUGCUGGAAUGGGAACGUGAUUGUGUGGAACUGGCUCCAGAAUAAAACUCUAAUGUCCCUGACUGGUCACCAGCGCUCAGUGCGCAGUCUCUCCUUCUCGCCGUCCACCUCCCUGCUCUGCUCCGGGUCUCUGUGUGGAGACGUCAGGGUGUGGUCCGUGCCCACCUCCACCUGUGUGGGGUGUUUCCAGGCUCACUGCGGAGCCACAGAGGCCCUCACCUUCCUGGAUGAAGGCAGCAUGCUUCUGAGCGCCGGCUCUGAUCACGUGCUCCAUCUCUGGUCAGGAGGACUCGGACGAUCAGUCACUGCAUUAAAAAGUGAUGAGUGCGAGCAGGAGCCUCCUCUGAAGAAACUGAAGUGUGUACCGUCUGAGCCUGCUGCUGCUCUGUGUGUGGCUGUUAAUGGAGACUAUGCCGCUGUGGGAUACCACGGUGACGGCAUCAAACUCUUCAGUCUCGACUCAGGGGAGAAGAUCUGGGACUCCACGGACCUCGAUGUGUCCAUAUUGAGCCUGCUGUGGGUCGUUUUGGACGCAGAGCAGACCGAACCUGAGCUGCUGUUGUCUGCAGGAAGUGACAAGCGUGUGAGGGUCUGGAAGAAAGAAGACGAAGAGAAGGGACUGCUGGGAGGCCUGAAAAUGUGGGGAAUGUUUAAUGUGCAACCAGGCACCGUCCAGACAUUAGCACAAAACUCCACAUACCUGGCUACAGCUUCAGACAACUUCUCCAUUGUUCUGUGUUUGUUGAGCGAUCUGGCCCUCGACCCCAGUAUUGAGCAUCAUGAUUAUCUGAGGGGCCACAGUGGAGGAGUCACCUGUCUGGCGUUCAGCCCUGAUGGUGGACAGCUACUCUCCGGUGGAAAAGACAAGGCCCUGAUGGUGUGGGAUGUGAGUUCCUCUCCUGCUGUUCUCUCAAAGUCGCUCCUUCACGCUCACACUGACUGGAUCACCGGCUGUGUUUGGACUCCAGACUGUGUGAUUAGCUCUUCCAGCGAUGGGAGGCUUUGUUUAUGGAAUCUGCAGGCAGGCCAACGUCUCAGAGAAAUCUCUUUGGGGAAUCCUCUUACGUCUAUCUGCUGUCUUGGACGGUAUGUGAUGGCCGGAAGUACAGAGGGAACGCUACAUGUUUGGAACUGGGAAACAAGCGUAGAAAUCUGCCACAUUGCUGCACACAGGAAAAGUAUACACCACUGCUCACUCCUACCGAAUACAGACCAGAACAAAGAAGUCAACGCAGAAGAAAUGACUGUUUUCACUGCUUCUGAGGAUGGCACAGUGCAUCUCUGGAAACCACUACAGGUGGAGCACUUUGGCACCUUACAGGGUCACAGUGGUGCGAUAUGUGGAGUUGUUUGCAAAGAAGAACUCCCAGAAUUCCUCACAGUUUCUGAAGACUGCUCAUUGCGAUGCUGGACGUGGGCAACGGAGAGUCUUCCCAGUCUGAGAGGACCAGUCGCAGCUCUGUGCUUCUCUCAGAGAGAUGCUUUGCUUCUUGCUGGUUAUGAAUCCGGUUUGCUGGAAGUUUGGCAGCACAACGCUCUGGUCGGCCAGAAGCAGGCUUCAGACAGCUCCGUCACAGCGAUCUGCUCCAUGCCUGAUGACCAGUUUGCUGUCGGCUACACGAAGCUCGCUGUUGAUGUGUGGAAGCUGGUGUGGAAUCGACAACACGGCGCUGCAAGCCUGGUGAAGGUAAUCACGUACUCAACGAAACACCCAGUGGUCCGCCUCAACUACUGCUCUGUCCUGAUGGGUGUGUCGGACAUUGGAACAAUCUUUGAUGUCACAAAAGACAAGGCAGAUGAUCAGGAAAGCGAAGUUAGAAGUUGGGAACAAGAUUGCCGAAUUUUGGGGAUGAUCCAAAACGACGAGAAAAGCAUGUGGCUGGUGGGCGAAGGAGACGGAAAAGUCAGAAUUGGCUUCAUUUUUGCGAUGGGCCCCAAAAAUGAUUUCAAUACAGCUUUCAGCUCAAUGGACCUAGAGACCGACAAAGAGGAGGAGAAAGGGAGUCCUCUAACAGCUGGAACUGUGGACAAAGAAUUUGUCGUGUGUGGAGACGUGAAAGGCAACAUGUGGUUCAACAAGCCUGCAGAUGUUUCCUCGUGGAGCAGUAGAAAACCUGCUCACAGUGACAGGAUCAGUGUGCUGAAACUCACAGAGCGCACCAUCAUCUCAGCCUCCUACGACAGGACAGUGAAGCUGUGGGACAGAAACACCAAGAAACAGGUUGGUAUGUUUGCGUGUGGAGGUCCUGUUUUGCAUUUGGAGGUGAACCCUGCAAACCCGACUGAACUGGUUUGUGGUGACGGACAGGGAAAGCUCUACUUUCUCUCCUGGAAAGAAUAAUCCUCAAGAUAUUAACCACUAAAUUCAGCGUUUCAGAAAAAUGCUUAAACGCUACUGUAAUCAAAGAUUGCCAAUAAUGUUUUGCUUCCUCUCUGUCUAAAUGACGGUGACUAUGCAGUAAAUAUAUAAAAUAAAUAUUCAUCAUAUAACGGGGAUAAGCAUCUAGGUAAUAGUUUAUAGUUGAUUUAGAUAGUGAAAAAACCUGCAAAUGUAACAAGCAGGUGUAUAUAUAAAGCCUUAAAAAUACUAUCAGUUAUAGUUUUGUGUGAGCUGAAUUAAGGAAUGGUCUCUAUUUUUUUUUUCUUUUUUUUUUUUUUUUUUUCUAUUGUAACGGAAUGUGGGAUAUGAAUCACUUGGGGUGUUUAAUGAGAAGAAAAUUAUCUUUUAUUUGAUAAUAAAUGUAAUGCACUUUGGUUUAAUGUGUUUUUUUUUUAAGGACUAAUUCAGAAAAUAUAGAUUUACCCCAAAAUUGUUGAAUGGGAAGAAAGUAUUACAUACAAUAAAUAGUCAAUAAAGGAUUAAUUGAAUUGGUAGCAUUUAUUUUCUAUUCCUGGGACAAGAAAAGGUGUCGUAAUGUUCUUGUUAUUGUCAGAUUUUGUUGACAGUACAUUAUUGUAUUUAAAAAGCAGGAGGAUUAGAUUUGAUUGCUAUUUGAAUCAUGUUUGAUGAAAACAGAGACGCUGUUUAGUUGUGAGACAUCAAUGGCAGAUAUGUAAACACAGCUUAUCAGCGAAUGAUUUUACAACUCUGUUAUCUGCACUGAAUUGCUUCUGUUGUAUUGGCAGCUGGUCACAUUUAGUGCAAUAAACAUGUCAAGUAAAUAAAACUAUUUCCACUGCUGCA